UCUUCCUCUAAGCUUCGAGCUCAAACCAAGUCCACCAACCACUACACACCAAAACUGAAAGCUAACUCUCACCAGACUCUUCCACCAAGACCCAACCUUUUCACCCUUGAAUCUCACUCAAAACCUCACCUCCCCUUUCUCUCCUUCUCAAUCUGACCCCAACCCACCUCCCAACUUCUCCAUCUCUCCAAACCCAUCUCAACAAAUCACUCUUUCCCUAAAUGGGUUCCGAUACCUCACCCAUGAAACCAUCACCGAUUCCGACCCAAGACGACGACUCCCCAAACCCAUCUGCAUCCCUUCUCUCUUUCAACACAGACUCCACCUCUUCACCUUCAUCCCCAUCUUCUCACAAACCCACCAUCGUCUUCAUCUCUCUGCUCCUCAUCACCUGCAUAGCUCUCUCCGCCGCCGCAGCUUUCGCUUUCCUCUUCUUCUCAAACUCAUCAACCUCCACCACACCCACCUUCACCACCUCCUCAUUCGACUCAAAGGCUCGCCCUUUAUCCAAAUUAAACCACCCAGUAGUGAUCCUGGUCUCCUCAGACGGGUUUCGAUUUGGGUACCAAUUCAAGACCCCAACUCCAAACAUACAUCGCCUCAUUGCGAAUGGGACCGAAGCCGAAACGGGUCUGAUUCCGGUGUUCCCAACUCUGACAUUUCCUAAUCACUACUCUAUUGUCACAGGUCUUUACCCAGCUCACCAUGGAAUCGUCAACAACCACUUUGUGGAUCCAUAUACCGGAGAGUAUUUCAACAUGGGGAGCCAUGAGCCCAAGUGGUGGCUCGGCGAGCCGCUGUGGGAGACUGUGGUGAACCAUGGCUUGAGGGCUGCGACGUAUUUCUGGCCUGGUGCUGAGGUAAAGAAAGGCUCUUGGACUUGUCCCGAAAAGUUUUGUCAGCAAUAUAAUGGCUCUGUUCCUUUCGAGGAGCGGGUUGAUACUACUUUAGGGUACUUUGAUUUGCCUAGUAGUGAGAUUCCUUAUUUUAUGACAUUGUAUUUUGAGGACCCGGAUCAUCAGGGACACCAGGUUGGGCCUGAUGAUCCCGAGAUUACUAAGGCUGUUGCGAAUAUUGAUAGGAUGAUUGGGAGGUUGAUUAAGGGUUUGGAGAAAAGAGGGGUGUUUGAGGAUGUGACGAUUAUUAUGGUGGGGGAUCAUGGGAUGGUCGGGACUUGUGAUAAGAAGUUGAUUUUCCUGGAGGAUUUGGCGUCUUGGAUUGAGAUUCCUGCGAGCUGGGUGCAGUCUUAUACUCCAUUGCUUGCAAUUCGUCCGCCUGCAGGAUUUGAUACUGCGGAUGUUGUUGCUAAGAUGAAUGAAGGUUUGAGUUCGGGGAAGGUUAAGAAUGGGAAGAGAUUGAAAAUGUAUCUAAAGGAGAAUCUUCCUAGUCGGCUACAUUAUGCAGCGAGUGAUCGAAUUCCUCCAAUUAUAGGGUUGGUUGAAGAGGGGUUUAAGGUGGAACAGAAGACCUCAAAGAAGCAAGAAUGUGGAGGGGCACAUGGUUAUGACAAUGCUGUGUUUUCCAUGAGGACCAUAUUUAUAGGCCACGGUCCUCAGUUUGCAAGAGGGCGCAAGGUUCCGAGUUUUGAAAAUGUCCAGAUAUACAACUUGGUCACUAAGAUUCUCAAUAUCCAGGGUGCGCCUAACAAUGGAUCUGAAUCAUUUCCAAAGUCUAUUCUUUUGCCUGGUGUUUAGUAUCUUUCUCCCAAGCAUUUUCUGGGCGGAGUCAGCUUCUUCAAAUUCAAGCAUUGGUUCUGAAAAUUUAACUAUUUUGCAAUGGUUUGCUUAUGUGCUAGCGAGUCUAUAAGUUCACAAAUUUUGAAGAUUAUGAGGCUUUGCUCCCACGAGCCUAGCUGCUGAAGCUGUGAAGCAUGCUUAGUUUCGUUAGCAAUGGCACUAUUCCAUUUAUUUGCUUCUUUCAAUAGGAGCAGCACAUGUAAGAACUGAAUCCAACCUCUAAAAUUAUGACUUGCACCUUUGUAUAGGGACAUCAUUUGGUAGAAUAAUAUGCUGUCCUAAAGCUUCUUUUGUGAAUAUCAUGUUCAAAUGGAUAUGUUCUGUAUUGCCUAAAAACAUGUCUCAAAUUAUGAUCCUUCUUUCAGUC